CCCCUUAGUAACCCUCGGCGCGUCUCAGGGAGGCAGAAUCACAAGAUGGGUUUGCUGUCAAUUUUACGGAAACUGAAAAGCACUCCUGAUCAGGAGGUGCGGAUCUUGCUCCUGGGGCUCGACAAUGGUGGCAAGACCACCUUACUGAAACAGCUGGCGUCUGAAGACAUUACUCAUAUUACUCCAACACAGGGUUUUAAUAUCAAGAGUGUCCAGUCACAAGGGUUCAAAUUAAAUGUGUGGGAUAUCGGUGGUCAGAGAAAGAUCAGGCCUUACUGGAGGAAUUACUUUGAAAACACGGAUGUAUUGAUUUAUGUCAUUGAUAGUGCAGACCGCAAGAGGUUUGAAGAAACAGGACAGGAGCUGGCGGAGUUGCUUGAUGAAGAAAAGCUCAGUGGUGUCCCAGUCCUGGUCUUUGCUAAUAAGCAGGACCUUCUGACCGCAGCUCCAGCGUCUGAGAUAGCGGAGGGUUUGAAUCUACACACUAUCAGGGACAGAGUGUGGCAGAUCCAGUCCUGUUCUGCCCUCACAGGCGAAGGAGUCCAGGAUGGCAUGAAUUGGGUUUGUAAGAGUGUGAAUGCCAAGAGGAAAUAGAGCUGUGUACUCUGACGGUGGCUUUUACCACAGGGCAUGUCGGGGGAAUGUUAAAACAACGGACAUGAGUUUGUCAAUCAAUUUAGAAAGGGAAGGCAAGCCCUCAAACUAUUUUUAAUCGCACUCUGCCUCUCUCUAGAGGACUACUAUGGUCAACGGAGCUCCAUACUGAAAUGAAUUAUUUUACAGAUGGUCCUAUUGCUAGUCUUAGAAAUUAUAAAAAUGAGAAGUCUUUAUGACUUAACAUUUUACUCUUGUGGAUUUGAAGAAAGGCGAUUUUUCUCUGAUACAUUCCAUAUCUUAAUUUCUUGAGAUAAGUCACUCAUGUUUUUAUUAUGAAUUUUCAGGAUGUUUUGAAGACUUGGUUACUCAUUUGUAGAAAUGAAGUGAGAUCCUUCACCGUUCCAUUCAAUAGCUUUACUUCUGCAUUUUCACGUCACUGACAAAUUCUUGUUACAGCAUCAUAUUUUUUGAGAGUGUAAAAGUGAUGAUGGUACUCAAAUGCAAUCGUUAACAUCAGAAUAUACAAGAGGAAAAUGGUAAACCAUCUACAGAUAAACAAAAUAUGAAAUAAUUUUUUGAUAAAUGUAAAUAAUGUUCCACACAGCAAAUUAUUUUUCAAAUGCUGCAUUUUAAAAGUUCUAUACUUUGUGGCCUGUACAGCUGUAAUCUACAUAGUUAUAAAAAGAUAUUGUAAUGUUUGUUUCAUCACACCAUAAAUAUUCCUGUAAUGAAUGACAAAACGUGUGUCUUAUCACUGAAGCAUACUGAAUAAAAAAACUGAAAACAA